AUGUCGAGUAAUCAACAACCACUCGUUAUACUUCUGCAACACUUCACUACAUUCCGUGCUCAACGAUAUUCAAACUCGUGGACAUUCCUAAACGCACCGAGACUGUUGGUCUCAAUGAUUAACACGAAUUGGACUGAAAGACCGGAAUGUCGAGAAGUGUUGCAGAAAAACCGGAAGAAUAUUCUGUUCGUUACCACCGAUGAUAUGUUGGGACCCAAUAGACAGGGAUGUCUGGUUUUGGGUCACAACCAGGCCAUAGAUUCACCGCAAGUUAUACCGGAAUUAAGUGAUCAAAGAAUAGAAACAUUUUUCAUUGGAUAUGACUUUGUGUUGGCUAUGAAUAGCGCGAACUAUAUGUAUAGCUGGGGUCACAACAUGUGGGGACAGUUGGGUCGGGAUUUGUCGCCAAAAGGGAUUUAUGUAAAACCCGAGAAAAUUACAUAUUUCGACGACAAAGACAUACGAGAAAUAAGUUGCGGUUAUUUCCACUCACUAGCCCUCACGUCCAGUGGACAGGUGUAUGGGUGGGGCUGUAAUCGAGAGGGACAGAUCAUUCACAGAGACCUCAAACCCGACAAUAUAUUAAUUGCUAGGAAUGUAAGGAACGGUAGAUUUAUUAAGUUAUGUGACUUCGGAUUGGCUACAGUUCACGACAAACGUAUUCAUUACAUGAUAAAACACAAACACACGGCAGAUGUGGGGGACACCCGAUAUAUGGCACCUGAGAUACUCCAGGUGCUCAAAGAUAUUCAAACGCGUGGACAGUACUAAACGCACCGGUAUUUCAAUUGCAAAAAUUGUUGGACUCAAUGGUGAACCACAAGUGGACUGAAAGACCGGAAUGUAGUGAAGUGUUACACAAAUAUAACGAGUGGUCUAUCGAUAGGAAAAUAAUUGUGAAGAAUAGAACGGAAAUAAUAAUCAAUAGAUUGAAAUC